AUGAAUGAGAUGAAUCAAAAUACCCAAGUACUCUUGAUCUAUAGCAUUCUUAUUUUGCUUGUUGUCCCAAGUGUAGUUGUUUCUGAGUGCACCUGUGAUGAAUCAAAAGAAGUCCGAGACAAAGGCAAGUCGCUGAAGUUAAAGAUAGCAGCUAUUAUAUCCAUUCUAAUUGCCAGUACAAUUGGUGUUUGUAUUCCAUUUCUCGGCAAACUCAUACCUGCUAUAAGUCCAGAAAAAGACAUCUUCCUCUUAAUUAAGGCCUUUGCGGCAGGUGUCAUAUUGGCCACCGGAUUUAUUCAUGUGUUGCCGGAUGCGUUCGAGAAUCUAACUUCACCUUGUUUGCACGAUCAUCCUUGGGGAGAUUUUCCUUUCACUGGAUUUGUGGCCAUGUGCACUAGUAUAGGAACCCUUAUGGUUGAUGCUUAUGCCACUGCUUAUUUUCAAAAAUCGCACUUCCAAGAGGCACAAGUAGAGACUUUCACAGAUACAGAAAAAGAUCUUCACCUCCACGAAACACAUGCUCAUGCACAUGGCUUUGUUCCCAGUAAGUCUUCAGAGCUACUUCCUCAUCGCGUCAUAUCACAGGUGUUGGAGUUGGGGAUCGUUGUCCAUUCUAUCGUAAUAGGAAUCACCUUGGGAGUAUCAAUGAGUUCAGAAACAAUAAGACCCCUCGUUGCUGCGUUGACAUUCCAUCAGUUCUUUGAAGAUAUCGAACUUGGAAGCUGCAUAACUCAGGUAAAAUUUAGAAGGCUAUCUGUUAUAAUUAUGGGAUUAUUCUUCUCUCUAACUACACCAAUAGGAAUUGCAAUUGGCAUAGAAAUCUCUAAUGUUUAUAAUGAUAAUAGUUCAACAGCCCUUAUUGUGGAAGGAGUCUUUAAUGCAGCUUCAGUUGGAAUCUUAAUCUAUAUGGGACUUGUAGAUCUUCUUGCUGCUGAUUUUAUGAAUCCAAAAAUGCAAAAAAGUGAUAAACUUCAAAUAAGGGCAAAUAUUUCUCUUCUUUUAGGAUCUGGUUUAAUGACUCUUAUUGCCAAAUGGGCAUAA